AUGCUGCUCUACAGAAUCCUAGGUGGUAUCUACCUCUCUUCAGCCGAACCGUUGACUUCUGGUGAAGAUCUUAGUGCUCAAGGAAUCACUCACAUUCUCUCCAUUCUCCCAGGCCCUAUUCCUAAACAAUACACAGACUCUUAUGUACACAAGCAAAUCGAGGUCAAUGAUGAAGAAACCACCAAUAUCAUUCGUUACUUCCCAGAAACAAAUGACUUUAUAGAAAAGGCGUUGUUCAAGUCAGACACAACCAAACAUUCUAACAAAAUUCUUAUCCAUUGUGCUCAAGGAGUUUCAAGAUCUCCAACUAUUAUCAUUGCAUUCCUCAUGUACAAAUAUAAACUCUCCUUACCUCAAGCUUUGCAUGCUGUAAAGCGGAAAAGUGCCUCUGUGGGGCCAAAUGAAGGGUUCAUGGAACAACUCAAGCUCUACCAACAAUUGGAAUUCGACGUGGAUAUGUCAAACAAGUUAUACAAACAAUUUGUCAUUGAUCUUAGUAUCAAACAAGAUCCUUCUGGAUCUUCUCUUAAGGAUAUGAAUUUGUUCACUGCUAGUGACCCAGAAGCCCUCAAGUCUUCCUCGGAAGUGACCACUCAAUACAGAUGUAAAAGGUGUCGUCAUGUUCUUGCUACAAACUUGCAGAUUGAAAAUCAUGUUCAACCAACAGAAGAAUCUCAACAAUCAAAGUUUAUCAAAAGAGGACACACCAAUAGAAUUAUCUCUGUGCAACAAGCGUCUACUGUUUGUUCUCACCACUUCAUUUUGCAACCUCUUGACUGGAUGACUGAAGAACUUGCCAAGUCCGAAAUUGAAGGUAAGUUCAACUGUCCAACCACCACUUGUGGGGCCAAGAUCGGAGGGUAUUCUUGGAAAGGUUCAAGAUGUAGUUGCGGGAAAUGGGUAAUUCCAGCAUUACACUUGCAAACAUCAAGAGUUGACGAAGUCAAGGUGAUAAAGAAGUAG